AUGACGCCUUCCAGUAAAAGCACGUCAAGAUCUCACAGUGCAAAACCAGUCAAAAAGAGAGGGAGGAACAGCAGCAGUAAGAAGAGCUCAAGUGCCAGAUCUACAAGGACAGAGGUGGAUAUCCUGAGUCCUGCAGCCAUGGAGAAUGUAUACUACAUUGCACAUAAUGUAGUGGACUGCCUUGAGCUCAGAGGUUUUAGUUGGCCUAAUGGCACCAAGAAAAAAGGGAAGAGAGGGAAAAAGCAAAAGAAGUGA